GACUAUAUACUCGAUAAAUAAGGAUGCUAGUCAAUCGACUCAAAUCGGAAGGAAUCCUUUAUCGUCAAAGCUAGAUGUACAAUAUCUGAUUAGAGAUUGCCGGCAAUCGAUGAUACUAACAAGAUCAAUACGAAAAACAUGGGACUUGGAUCUACCCCAUUAACAACAAUGCCGAUAUACCUAGAUAAACUACUUUGCAGUAUACAUGCCAUCCAACUAUUACUCACAGUUGUAGGUACUACUAACUAACUAUUACUUACGACUGCUACCUACCGCUACCAACUACUACCAUGCAUGAUGUACCCAGUACCUACUUUAGAAAGUCUAAUCGUCGGCUUUCCUUUUAGCUUCUUUCACUCCCCUGCCAUCCGUAGUCCAUUCAUCUUCUGUGCUUCUUCUCUAGCUUCCAUACCUAGCUAGAGCUCGUCUAGACAGGAACGGCAAGAUCCUAAUCAUAUUUAAAAACUAAUCUCAAGCCCCUCGGUCAUCGAUUUAGAUCGAAGAAAUCGUAUUCUUAUCCAUCGAAUUUAUCAAGUACAUACAGACAGACAGACUGUGCAGUCCCGGCGAGACUACCUAGUGCCUAGUAUACCGAUAUCAAGACAAGACAAUUUUAAACCACGGCCCACCUCUAAAGUGCACCACUGCUCAGUGCUCAGUGCUCAGUACUCUCUCAUCCUCACCUAAGCGGUUCCCCCUUGCAAAUUGUUUAUCAAUAAAGGUAUUCCACCCCCUCCCCCUCCUCUCUUCUCUCCUUCACAGUCGUCCACCCAUCGACUAUAUCCACAACACCUGUUACACAAACCUUGUUCGUCUCUUAUUAUAUCCAAAUCCCCCCCUAUGGCACCAUUCUACAAUGCUUUCAGAAUGAUCCGUAAACGUCGAUUCACUUUUCGUUCUAUUUGAAGCACCGAAACUUCCCAUUACGUGGAGCUAUCGUCUGAGAUAUCCUAGUCAUAACUCCUACCCACGCUCUAGCUCGUUAGACUCGUUCACGUCCACCAUAUCACUCUAGAAUAUAAUCCAGGCCAUCCGACGAAUUUCGAAAGACCUCUCAUAUCGGACAUUAGCUUGAUUUGUUUUUUCAAAGCCAUACAAACCUUUAUUCAAAGCAGUGGAGCUGUUCAACGUCUAUCAACCACCAACCAGCUCUGGAAGCUUAAUAUCAGAUCACAUCAUAUCAUAUCAUACCAUCACGCACUAUUUAUUUAAAUUUAUCCUUUCUUCUUCCCUCACAUACCAACAAUGGCUUACGAUCACCCUGUUCAAAACAGUGAGGUGUACCUUCUCAAUUCUACACCUCAUACCUGCCUUCCGGCUUCAGCUCCCCCAUCACCACCAACUCCAAGUACACCAUGCGACGAACUUCCUCCUCCACUGGACGACCUGAUGUCAUUGACCCCCCUAGAGAUAGAAGAGGGAUGUCCACCCUUUAGCCAACGCUUGUCGAGAGCAGUCCAUGUUCUUAGUACAGAAGCUACAUCACUCUCAUCAUUAACCAUGCUAUAUGAUACCGAUCCAGUCGCAAGAGAUGGAUUCAAUCAUGCUGUGGAUGCGAUUAAAAGAUCCAUCGGCGAAAGAGGAAAGCUUGUCAUUUGCGGUGUAGGGAAGAGUGGCUAUAUUGCUCAGAAACUCGUCGCCACAAUGCGUAGUGUCGCUAUCCAAGCCGUUUUUAUCCACGCCACCGAAGCUGUCCAUGGAGAUCUUGGAGCUAUCACCAAAUACGAUACCAUCCUCCUAGUAUCCUUCUCGGGCAAAACCCCCGAAUUACUUGAGUUACUUCCUCACCUCGAUCCAUCCCUCCCAAUGAUCAUCCUGACCGGCCACACACAUCGAUCCAAUUGCGAAAUCAUCAGACGUCGACCAAAGACUAUUCUAUUGCCAGCACCCACCUUUGAACCAGAAACAGUAUCAUUUGGCUGUGCAGCCCCAACCACAUCUACCACGAUGGCAAUCGCCGUAGGAGAUGCUCUCGCUCUAGUCAUUGCCCGAGAAAUCCACGGAAACAUUUCCACCAUCUUUUCCAAAUACCAUCCCGGCGGUGCCAUUGGCGCCGCCUUCAAACCACCCCAAAAAGUAUCCGAUAUCGCCAUUUGUCUCGCCGACAUGCCAGAUCUAGGCAACGGACCAAACACCGGAGCAGAUCUUCUUAUCAAAGCUUAUGGAUCCCAAUCCGGGUGGGCGAGAUGUGGCACAGACAUCGUCGUCCCACCUCGCUCCAUCAAACAGCUUGGAAAAUCCGAUAUGGAUUUGCCAGCUUCUUCUAUCAACGGCUUGAUGAUUCCAAGCACAAGAUGGAUUACCAUUCCAGCGGAGACUGAAGUCGCUGCUGCAAAGGAAAUGUACAUAAAAUCCGGCUCGGAAAAGAGCUGCGCAUACUCUGAGAACACUAUCCUGGCGGUCAUGGAUGAUCUCGAACUUAUAGGAGUUUUGCAAAUUGGAGACCUAGUGUAAAUUGGUUUACCUACUACAAUUCAAUUCUGGCGUUUUUUUGAUAAGGAUGGGUGGAGGGAUGGAUGGAUGGAGGUUCUACUGCUAUUUGGGGUUUUUGGAGAACGAAGAAACCCAUACACACUUUUUUUUUUUUUGGAAUACCGAUAAGACAUACAAAUUUGUAGAGCGCUUCUCGAGUUGCUUGUUUGUCUGUUUGUUAGUUUGGGGUAUCAUAGAUUUUCUUUCUUUGGGUUUUCAUCGCGAUAGUGAUGAAGAUGAUGGAUUGGUGGCUUGAUUGAUUGAUUGAUGGAUGGAUGGGUUUGCUGGCAGUUUUUACGUGUUCUUGGAUUAGCAAUGGUUGGUUGGUUGGUUGGAGAAAUGGAUGGAUGGAUGCACGAAUUAUGACUAGAAUACUAGGGAGCAAGGAAUGAAGAAAGGAGGGAAAGAAGGAAAGAAGUGUUGCCCAAAUGGGGCUUUGAGAUUCUGAAUCACUUACUGCUCACUUACUUACUUAACCUGUGUGUGUGGGAAUGGACGAGGGGUAUUUGGAUAGUUACCAUAGCGGACAGAAAAUGUUAUACCUAUCACCUCUCUGACUUGAUUCUUUUUGACA